AACCAUUGACAAAGGAAUAGAUAAUGAGACAGAACUAAGUCAAAUAUGAUGAUGAUUACUGAAAAUCCUAUUCAUCAGGUAAAAGAGUUCUACCAGUCCCAAGGACUGAGAUCCCAGUCCUGACUGGACCAUCCUGAAUAUAAACACUGGACUAUAACCUACAGACUAAUUCUGAAAAAACUCUUUGCAGCUACAAAGCUCAUCAUCUCUGCUAUGAAUCAGAAGCUCAAGAACUGUACUCAUGUCUAACAAAGGAAGUUUCAAAUGAGUGACAGUGAAGCAACGGCAAAGAAGAGCUGGCUAGCCUGGAAAAGGAGGAAGAAGCUCUGACAAGAGAUGCUGAGCAAGCAGCACGAGGACACCAGAGUGGGAAGCUGAACAACGAGAGAGCAAGUGUGAAUACCCAAAAUGGGAAGUGGCGCGAAGAGCCAAAGAAGCACAUCGCUGGGCCCUGGAACUGGAAGUGGCUGCCCACCAAUGAGCGAUGGAGCUGAAAGAGCAGGAAAGGCGUGGACAGAUUCCCCCAACCCACAGGAGCUCUCUCUCCCCAAGGGACACCCAGCUGGGAUAAGCUGUGCCCUGCAUACAGAGGAGUAGACCGUAUUAACGAAUUCCUUACCACUUUUGAAAGGCUCUGUGAAGUCCAUAAAGGUCCAGAGCAGAAGAACAAUGCAAUGUUGACUACUAAGCUCUCGGUGGGUGGGCGCGUGGACUUUGAGGACUUUGUGGAGAUGAUGGGGCCGAAGCUGCAUGGGGAGACAUCCCACAUGGUGGGGGUGCAUGAGCUCAAGAUUGCCUUCCAUGAGUUGGACAGGAAUGGGGUCAGGGAGAUCAGCAGCACAGAGCUGAAGGACGCCCUCCUGGCCCUGCUGGGGGAGCAGGUCCCACUGCUGGAGGUGGAGGAGAUCCUGCGUGAUGUUGACCUCAAUGGGGACGGCCAUGUGGAUUUUGACGGUGAGAGAUGCUCUGCAGCCCCCACCCAUUGACUCCAGGGACUCCACUCUCCCCACUGACUGCACUGGCCUUUGGGAACCUGCCUCCCACCCACUGAUGCCAGAGACCCCCCACCUCCCUCCACAUUGAGCCCUGGGGAUACCUUCUCUGCUCCCGCAGCAAAGACUCAUCCCUGCAGAGACCUCCCCCUUCUCUCCCUGCCAGGGCCGGCUCAAGACACCAGCGGAGGAAGCACAUGCCUGGGGCGGCACAUGCUAAGGGGCAGCAUUCUGUCCAUUCUUGGGGCGGCACAGUCUGAGCAGCGUUUUUUUUUUGUUUUGUUUUGUUUUGUUUUUGCUUCGGCAGUCCGAGCGGCUAUUUUUUGCUGGGGGUGGCAAAAGUGGUAGAGCCGGCCAGUGUCUUCCUGUGACACACCCACCAAUCAGUCCUGUCUGUGCUCUUCCCCUUGUGUUUAGUUGUGUGCUGGGCCCUCAACCCAGAGCUAUAGGGUCUAGGGCCCUGGGCUAAAGAGCCAUGCCCAACCCUCUCCAGAACAGGGUGAGGCUCAGCCCCACUUUCUGCAGCCCCAGGAGGGCUGUUUUUUCACAGAGUUGGGGUGGGUGGUGCCUGGGGCAGAGCUGCCUGCUGUGGGAUUGGCUGGAGCAGAGGAGGGAGCCACAGCUAGGACUGAGGAGGGGCAGAUAAGAGGAGGGGCAGUGAUGGCUGGGAGGUGGAGGGGACAAUCUUCCCCCAGCAUCCUGCCUCCCAGGGGCAUGAUUCCUGCCCUUUGGCUGCUCCAAGCCCUCGCCCUGCUCUCCACAUCCCCCCUGAAGCCCCGUGCCCUCUGCUGUGGAAGCUCUACUUGCUUGGGGUGGGCUGCAGCAUCCUGAAGCCUGGUAGAGGGAGCUGUGGCUGGGGGCACAGUCCAGGGGUGGAGGAGUGGGAUGCAGUGGGGGGCAGCACAGGACAGUGCAGUCAGGCUGUGUUGUGCCGGAUGUGCAGAGGGAGACACUCACUCCAGAUCCCAGUUGUGUCUCUCUCAGAGUUUGUGAUGAUGUUGUCAAACCGCUAACAAGGCCUGGGGGAGGGGAUCCCUCACCCCCCAUUGCUGUCGCCGUUCCAGCCUCUAGGGGGACAGAGCAGCUCCAAGUGGAUCCCCGCUUCUUGACAGCUGGUGACCCCCCUUCUUCACCAGCAGGAAGUUCCCUUGCAACUCCCUUAUGGGCCUUUCUAAGAAGAACCCUCCCUCUGGGUCUGCCUGCCCCUCUGCUGGCCGCUCUCCCUCACAGUGUGUUGCCAGGGGGCGGGGCCUGAAUGCCCAGUUGGCAACUCCUUUGGGGGCUGCUAAGGCUCUGACUAGGCCAGGCCCUGCUCCUUAUCUGGGAUUCCAGAUAAUCUCCCCUCACUCCCAAUCAGACUGUCCCUGCAGCUCGCCUUUGCUUCUGUCCUGUGCUGGUCUCCGCCUCCAGCCCAGCCCAUGAGCUGCCCUAGGUACCCAC